AUGAAUCAUUUUCAAUCGUAUCAAUCAGUCAAUAAAUAUCCGUCAGGUUAUCAAUAUCCAUCAGCACCUGAAGUUGUUAAUCCAUUUGGAAUUGACGAUCAAAUUCCAUUCAAUGAUAAUGUCUAUGGAUUGAAAUAUGGAAUGACUGGACCUUCAGCAAUGGAAGCACCGAAUUAUCAUGGCCAUGCUGCGACAUGGCCUAAAGAAGGCAAGCUAAAAGGUGCUGCAGUGUCAGCUUUAACGCUUCUUGCUUUUUUAUUCUUCUUAAAUCUUUUGCAAAGUUGCUUGAAAGAACACUUGGAGACAGUGAGCCCAACAGUAAUGGUAAUGUCAGCUGGUCAAAGAGGUAUUGUUGUGAGUCGCAAUGACGAUGUGGAAAAUGAUGAAAUACAAAAUGAUGAAAUUCCACGACCGUACAAUAAGCUGGGAAAUGUUGAUUUAGAAGACGAUAUUUAUUAUGAUGAAAAUAAUUCUAAGAUGCCUUGGGAGAGUGAUGAAUACUUGAGUUAUCCUUAUUCAAUUCACGCCAUUCCUAAAACGACGUCAACGACGACAACUCCCACAUCCAGACGAAGAAAGAAAAAACUUCUAAUUACGAAGAUUGGAAAUGAAAGAGAAAAAGCUCUUAAAUUUUGUACUGCUUAA